AGUUUUGCCUUCAGCAAGUAAGCUUGAGCGGUGGAUUUAUCAUCAUGUCCAGAUGGUUGGAUAUGAAAGACUUUGGAGAAGCUGCUCUGUUUCUGCGCAAAUCCGACCUGGAGCUGCUGGCAGCGCAAACUGUGGCGUUUGAUGGAAAGAAACGCGCUUGGAUACCGGAUGAAAAGGACGCGUACAUUGAGGUGGAAAUCAGGGAGAUUGAUGGUGACAAAGUCAUGGUUGAGACCAAGGACGGGAAGUGUUUAACUGUGAAGGAGGAUGACAUUCAACAGAUGAACCCUCCGAAGUUUGACAUGAUAGAGGACAUGGCCAUGCUCACACACCUGAAUGAAGCUUCGGUGCUCUAUAAUCUACGGAGGCGCUACAGCAGUUGGAUGAUCUAUACAUAUUCUGGGCUCUUCUGUGUGACUGUGAACCCAUAUAAAUGGCUUCCCGUCUACACGGCCCCUGUAGUGGCUGCCUACAAAGGCAAACGCCGCUCCAAGGCUCCACCUCACAUCUAUUCCAUCGUUGACAAUGCCUACAAUGAAAUGUUGCGCAAUCGUGAGAAUCAGUCCAUGCUAAUCACGUAAGUUUUGACAUACCUGUACACAUUCUGUAUUAGAGCGAGACCAGAGAUUAUUUUACUAUAGGGAGAUGAGAGGGUCUGUAUUACUUACUAUUGGAG